AUGUGGAACCGCUACAUCGCAGCGCUACUUCUGCUCAGCAGCGGUAGCAAUGUCCUUGCGAAGCAGCGCACGACAGACGAGUUUACCUUCAGCUGCGAUCCAUUGACGACUCAACUGUCCGACCCGAUAGUCGCGCCGGGAAAGCCAUCUACGCAUACACAUGUUGUUACUGGGGGGACAGCAUUCCAGCGAACAAUGAAUGAGAGCACGGCGCAGAACGCAAAGGGGACGACGUGCGAAGUGGAUAUUGAUAGGAGCAAUUAUUGGGUUCCGCAGCUUUAUCAUCGCAUGAGGAAUGGGUCGUUUGAGCUCGUGGAGUAUCAGUCCAGUGUAGGUAUUUCUUUGGACUUCAUUGAGAGUCCUGGAAGCUUGGUUGAGGGCCGAGAGGAAUUGGCUAAUGAGUUAGAUAGAGUAUUUAUUACUUUGAUCGAGCGUGUAAUUAUACGGCCGGUGCUACGGAUUGUGAUGAGAAGCUGGUUCCGCUGGCGCCGCCGAAAGGUCUGCGCAUGCUUGCUGGGAAUCCGAGUCUUCGGUUUGUUCGCCUGUUCUUUAUCCCGAUGUCUGACAGUGCUGAUAUCAGAUGGGAACAGGACCUAUAAUGAUUCGAACUGGUCCCAGCGUGCCAUCAGUCAUAUGUGCAUUGGCAAAGAUGGAAGCUCGAAUGAGACGAAAGGCUUGCCUCAGCAGCCUUGUGAAAUGUUGAGGUCGCAGGUUUUUAUGCCCUCCUGCUGGGAUGGAGAGAACCUGGACAGCUCAGAUCAUAAGAGCCAUAUGGCGUAUCCCGAUACUGGAGACUACAACAAGGGCGUUUGUCCCAAGUCUCAUCCCGUCGCGAUAUAUUCCAUCUUUCUGGAAUUCUUUUUCAACACAGCACCCCAUCCAGACUACAAGAACUGGAUAUAUGCGACAGGUGACAAAACCGGAUACGGCUUGCACGGAGAUUUCAUGUACGGUUGGACAGACCAGGUCGCCUUGCAGCAAGCUAUAGACACCUGUACCGGUCCACAAGGAUUGACCGACCCAGACUGCUCGAUAACAAGGAACCAAACAAGAGACUUGGCCCCAAUUUCGCAGCCAUUGGAUGUUCCUGCACCGAAAGACAACAUCGGUCAACAUGGCCCCGUCAAUAGAUUGCCCGGUCACCGUAACUGGGCGACUAAGCAUAACAAUUCGACAUUGCAUGGGUGA